AUGGAUGUCUCUCUUUGCCCAGCCAAGUGUAGUUUCUGGCGGAUUUUCUUGCUGGGAAGCGUCUGGCUGGACUAUGUGGGCUCCGUGCUGGCCUGCCCUGCAAAUUGUGUCUGCAGCAAGACUGAGAUCAAUUGCCGGCGGCCGGACGAUGGGAACCUCUUCCCCCUUCUGGAAGGACAGGAUUCAGGCAACAGCAAUGGGAACGCCAGCAUCAACAUCACGGACAUCUCAAGGAAUAUCACUUCCAUACACAUAGAGAACUGGCGCAGUCUGCACACGCUCAACGCUGUGGACAUGGAGCUCUACACCGGACUCCAAAAGCUGACCAUCAAGAACUCAGGACUUCGGAACAUCCAGCCCAGAGCCUUUGCCAAGAACCCCCACUUGCGUUACAUAAACCUGUCGAGUAACCGGCUCACCACACUCUCCUGGCAGCUGUUCCAGACGCUCAGUCUUCGGGAAUUGAGAUUGGAGCAGAACUUCUUCAACUGCAGCUGUGACAUCCGCUGGAUGCAGCUGUGGCAGGAGCAAGGGGAGGCCAGGCUGAAUAGCCAGAACCUCUAUUGCAUCAACGGCGACGGCUCCCAGCUCCCCCUCUUCCGCAUGAACAUCAGUCAGUGUGACCUUCCAGAGAUCAGUGUGAGCCAUGUCAACCUGACUGUAAGAGAGGGUGACAACGCUGUCAUCACUUGCAAUGGCUCUGGGUCACCCUUGCCUGAUGUGGACUGGAUUGUUACUGGGCUGCAGUCCAUCAACACCCACCAGACAAAUCUGAACUGGACGAAUGUACAUGCCAUCAACUUGACGCUGGUGAAUGUGACGAGUGAAGACAAUGGCUUCACCCUAACAUGCAUUGCAGAGAACGUGGUGGGCAUGAGCAACGCCAGCGUCGCCCUCACCGUCUACUACCCCCCACGCGUGGUGAGCCUGGAGGAGCCAGAGCUGCGCCUGGAGCACUGCAUCGAGUUUGUGGUACGUGGAAACCCGCCGCCAACACUGCACUGGCUGCACAAUGGGCAGCCACUGCGGGAGUCCAAGAUCAUCCACGUGGAAUACUACCAGGAGGGCGAGAUCUCCGAGGGCUGCCUGCUCUUCAACAAGCCCACCCACUACAACAACGGCAACUACACCCUCAUUGCCAAAAACCCAUUGGGUACUGCCAAUCAGACCAUCAACGGCCACUUCCUCAAGGAGCCCUUUCCAGAGAGCACGGAUAACUUUGAUUCAGUCGAUGAAGUGAGCCCCACACCUCCUAUCACUGUGACCCACAAACCUGAGGAAGACACUUUUGGGGUGUCCAUAGCAGUUGGACUUGCUGCUUUCGCCUGUGUCCUGUUGGUGGUUCUCUUCAUCAUGAUCAACAAGUAUGGUCGACGGUCCAAAUUUGGAAUGAAGGGUCCUGUGGCUGUCAUCAGUGGUGAGGAGGACUCAGCCAGCCCCUUGCACCACAUCAACCACGGCAUCACUACGCCCUCGUCGCUGGAUGCUGGGCCCGACACAGUGGUCAUCGGCAUGACCCGCAUCCCGGUCAUUGAGAACCCGCAGUACUUCCGUCAGGGACACAACUGCCACAAGCCAGACACGUAUGUGCAGCACAUUAAGAGGAGGGACAUCGUGUUGAAGCGAGAACUGGGUGAGGGAGCCUUUGGGAAGGUCUUCCUGGCUGAGUGCUACAACCUCAGCCCGACCAAGGACAAGAUGCUGGUGGCAGUGAAGGCCCUGAAGGAUCCCACCCUGGCUGCCCGGAAGGAUUUCCAGAGGGAGGCCGAGCUGCUCACCAACCUGCAGCAUGAGCACAUUGUCAAGUUCUAUGGGGUAUGCGGCGACGGAGACCCCCUCAUCAUGGUCUUUGAGUACAUGAAGCAUGGAGAUCUGAACAAGUUCCUCAGGGCCCAUGGGCCGGAUGCGAUGAUCCUUGUGGAUGGGCAGCCACGCCAGGCUAAGGGAGAGCUAGGCCUCUCCCAAAUGCUCCACAUUGCCAGUCAGAUUGCCUCAGGCAUGGUCUAUCUGGCCUCCCAGCACUUCGUGCACCGGGACCUGGCCACCAGGAACUGCCUGGUUGGAGCCAACCUGCUGGUGAAGAUUGGAGACUUUGGCAUGUCCAGGGACGUCUACAGCACCGAUUACUACAGGGAAGGGCCAUGCCAGAAGGGCCCGUUCAGCGUGUCAUGGCAGCGGCAGAUGUUUGCAGCACCGGCGGCUUCCACACUCUUUAAUCCAUCUGGAAAUGAUUUUUGUAUAUGGUGUGAGGUGGGAGGACAUACCAUGCUCCCCAUCCGUUGGAUGCCCCCUGAAAGCAUCAUGUACCGGAAGUUCACCACGGAGAGUGAUGUGUGGAGCUUUGGGGUGAUCCUUUGGGAGAUCUUCACCUAUGGAAAGCAGCCAUGGUUCCAGCUCUCAAACACAGAGGUCAUUGAGUGCAUUACCCAAGGUCGUGUUCUGGAACGGCCCCGAGUCUGCCCCAAAGAGGUGUAUGACGUCAUGCUAGGGUGCUGGCAGAGGGAACCCCAGCAGCGGCUGAACAUCAAGGAGAUCUACAAAAUUCUCCACGCUUUGGGGAAGGCCACCCCUAUCUACCUGGACAUUCUCGGCUAG